AUGUCGACCCCAUAUCCGACUGUACCAUCAACAACUGUACCAAUAGCUGUACCAACGUCUGUACCAACAUCUUUACCAACACCGACGUUUGAUCCUAAUGUUCCUGGAUGUACUGCCUGUCAGACUCAAUAUGCAUCGUUCGAACAGUGUUCAAAAGGUAUGCCAUUGCAGGGCGGUGGCACUAAUACAACUUAUUCAGCUGAUGAUUAUAAGCAGUUGGUAUUGGCAAUACAAAAGUGCAUAUGUCCAGCUCAGAGUGCUGUUGAUGGGUGCAAGCAGUGCUUUGAUGCCACUGGCCAAAGUGCUCUAAGUGCUCAACUUCCCAGCUCGAAAGAAUUAGGAUCCCUUUGCAAUAUUGUAAACGUGCUUAAUGGUUCGGGUUCUCCAACUCAAGAAACUACUCCUACUCCAGAACCCUCAGUUGACGGUGGAUCUAGCUCGGCAACUGGGCGUACGUUUAGCGUAAAGAAGCUUUUCAUUACGGGAAUGACGUUGUUUGCAGUGUUGGCCAGCCAGCUGUAA